CAGAGCGACAACAUGAGAGACCCGGCCGCCGCCCUGCCGACCCUCCUGACCCUGCUGACCCUGCUGCUCUGCCUUCCCAGUCCAGGUUAUGGAGAAUCCUACUUUGGGGACAGCCACUGCACUUUACAAGCCUUUCAAGAUGUCUCCACCUUCCAGCUGUCACUACAGAUCAAGACGAGUCGGCGAAGUGGGCUGCUGUUCCUGGCUGCAGGAAUGGAGGAUUACCUGUUUCUUGAACUCCAAAACGGGAAAGUACAGGCACGGUUGAACAUGGGGGCUGGUGACGUGACACUGUCUUCGUCCCAAGGACUGUCUCUGAACAACCUCCAGGAACACAACAUCUCUCUCACACUGCGCGAUGACAAACUCACCAUGACCAUUGAUGAGCUCCAUGCGACGCAUGUUCCCGUGGACGACGACGGCGAACUGCUCAACAUCGACAUGGGCGUCUGGCUCGGAGGAACGGGAACCCUGGACGCUCCUUACCUCGGCAACGCCAUCCCCCCUUUCCGCGGCUGCAUGACCGGGGUCCAAUUUGAGUCCCACCAGUUCGACAUCCUCGGCGAGGCGUUCAGAGAGUGCCACGAUACGAAGGAGUCCUGCAGCAGUGAGUUUGAGGCCGGUGACGGGGAGACAACGAGCUUCAGCACCCCUGAUUCCUUCGUGUCCUUCCCUACCUGGAGCGGGGCCAGCGGUGCUCCGCGGGUUUUGGAAAUCCUCAUGAAAACCACCAUUGAGGACGCGUUGCUUGUUUUUCACCCCGGCCAAGAGUCCGACUUCAUUGCUAUUGGCGUUGUGAAAGGCUAUCUCAAAGGGGUGCUCGACCUCGGCGGCGGCUUGCGGGUUCUGGAGAACACCCAGGUUCAGCUGGAUGAUGAUCAGUGGCAUAGAGUUCACGUUAAAGUCAGUCAGGACUCCUUCGUCAUGAAUGUAGAUAGCCAGUCUUCCUCCAUUCCUCUUGACUCGUCACAUAAGUUGGACCUGGUAGGACACUUGUACCUCGGGGGCAUACAGCGGAAGAUGAUGGACGUCUUUCGUGAGAGCGGGUCUUUAAGUCGCGCCGAGGAGGAAAUGACAGCAGAAUCCUUCAUUGGUUGUUUGGGAGAAAUCAAAGUGAAUGAGAAAGAUAGAAGCCUGAGGGACGCUUUGGUGACCAAAGAUGUUCAUGUUAAAUGUGAAGGAGAGGAAUAUGACUACUCAAGCUACGAUGAGACAGAAUCAUCUGCACCUGAUCCCAUUAUAUAUUCUUAUAUGGACCAGCAUUGCCACCCAACAGAUAACUGGCCCGAGAUGUUCAAAAAUGUCACAAAACUUCUUGAUGUCACCAUAUUGCAUGUUGUCGAAGGUGGGGAAGCCUUACUUUCCAUCCACAACCUACGACCUACAUUUAACCUCAGUGCCGCGGGAAUGCAUCAAUCUCAGAUCAUCUUUACCAUGGAGAACGAGCCCUGGUAUGGCCAUGUUGACAUAAACACUAAUACGAGACGCACACAAAGGUUCACUCUCCUCGAUGUCAUCGAUAAGAAAGUUAAAUAUAUGCAUGAUGGCAACGAAAGGGAUGCAGAUCAAGUCCGUCUGCAGGUGGUUGCUGAAACUAACAGCUACCUUCCAGAAUGUUUAAAGGCUCCUCGUGAGUAUGUCCUCCCAGUGGAAUUUCUUCCUGUCGAUGACGUAGCACAACUCGGUGGAGUAGAAUUUCCCGUCACGGAAAACGGCAGAACUCGAUUGAGCCCGGCUCUCAUCGAAAUCACAGAGUCUGACACCCGCUGUGAUGAAAUGGUCAUAACUGUGAGCUCAGAGCUUUCCAUGGAAGUUGGUUACUUAGAAAACGGUCAGGAGCCAGGAAGGAUCAUUACAGAGUUCACUUGCAGGGAAUUAAAAGAUGGAAAUAUCUAUUUCACACACAGAGGGGGUAGAGGUACUGAAAUUACUUUCGAUGUGUUUGAUGGACAGUCAAGUCAUUCGACUACUUCUAAGUUAUCUGUGACACAGCCACAUAUGACUAUUGUCACCAACACUGGUCUUCUCUUGUCUCAAGGAAGCAACGCCUCCAUAGGUGUUCAAAAUCUGGCCAUCAUCGCUCAUCCUCGUAAUGGAGAUGUCGUGUAUGACAUUACACAACCUUUGUUAUUUGGAGAACUCCAGAUUAUGACAAGUGAUAUGAGGUACAAGCAGGUUAGAACAUUCCAUCAAUUUGAUCUCGAUCAAGACCUCCUUAGGUAUGUCAGCACAGACUCCAAUGACCAGGAAGAUAUCGUGACCGAGCGGAUUCAAUUCAACGUGCACCUGGGGCAAUACUCCCUCUGGAACCACACCUUCUUGGUCAAGAUUGUCCCCGCACAAGUGAAAGUUGCCAUUUUUCCACUAGAGAUGGAGGCAGGUAAAGAGGAAUCAAUUGUACUCACGGACCUUUAUGCCGAGGUAAAAGGGAAAAACCCGGAUCCACAAACUAUACAGUACAUCCUUGUCAAGCCUCCGACAAUCGGUAGCCUCAUGUUGUCAGACAGAGAGUUGAAUGAGGGGGACGUCUUUACGCAAAAGGACCUUGAGGAGAACACUGUUAGCUACAGUUGUUACAGAACUGUGGCUACCACAGACCAGUUCCAGUUCAGAGUGCUCGCUGAUGAUCAGUACUCUCCUCUAUACACCCUCCCAAUUACCAUCCUCCCCAAUGCCGAUGCUCCCGUUUUGACCAACGUGAGACUGGUUGUCUUGCAGGGCGGAGAGAAGGCUCUGGAUGAAAACUAUCUGUGGGUACAAUCUCCAGGUUCCACGGAUAUCGUGUACCAGGUCACAAAGGAGCCGAAGUAUGGGCGACUUAUUAGGGACUCCCCACCUGGGCAGCCUAGAUUCGAGGGAGCGAUAAAGGUAUUCAGCAACGAAGACCUCAGGUUUGAAAGGCUUAUUUACAAGCAUGACGGCUCUAAAACAAACAGCGAUGAGUUCCAUUUUUCCGCAUUUUAUCAAGGGGGAGAAAAUGACCGCGUGGAGGCAGCGUCUGGAGUUUUCAGAAUAUCCAUCCAAACCAAGAACGAGCAUGUUCCGGUGAGGGUCGUGGACAAAGUCUUCAACAUCGUCCGCCACGGCCAGCGUCUACUGACGACUGAUUUCAUCCAGUUCAAAGACGACGACUCCGGUUUCAACGACACGCAGAUUGUCUACGCUCGCGAGGGAAUCCUCUCGGGCCACAUCGUCUCAACAUCCAACCCCUCGCAGCCCCUGUUCCGUUUCACACAAGCCGACCUGCGAGACAAGAACGUCCUCUUCGUUCACCACGGAGCCGACCGGGAGCGGUUCUCCCUGCAGGUGUCGGACGGCUUCCACAAGACCACCGCGCUGCUUGAGAUCCAGGCGGGCGAGCCCUACCUCCGGGUGGCCAACAACACAAUCGUUGUCAUCGACCACGGAAGCACAAAGACCCUUGACACAACCCUGCUGAGCGCCGACUCCAACAUGGACAUCAGAGACGACAGCGAGGUCGAGUUCCGGGUCACGUCCCCGCCCGGCGACGGCAGGAUCAUUGUGAGCGGGGUCGAGGCUGCAGAGUUCACCCUGGAGGACCUGAAAAAAGGCGUCGUGUCCUACGAGCAUAAAUACGAAAGUCUGAGCUCCAAGGACUCCUUCGGCUUUAGAGUCCAAGCAGGAGAACAUACGGAAGAAGGCACAUUCAGGAUUAAGAUAUUCAAGCAAGGUUACCUCUCUGAGCCUGAGGUGAUAAACAACAAGGUCAUCAUUUCCUAUGAGGGAGAGCACAGCGUAAUCAGCCAGGAUCAUCUCAAGGUGGAGCAAGCCGAUAUUCUUCCGACAGAGAUGGUGUUCACCAUUAAAAGACUUCCCCUUCUCGGCCACGUGGUCAAACUGACCAACAGCACAGGCUCUCCGGUCCUCGACUACAUUCCCUCCUUCACUCAAGAGGACAUUGAUCAGGGACACAUCCUCUAUGUGUCUGCAACCUUCGAGGGCGAUGACGCCUUCAGAGUUGAUGUCAGCAACGGUUUCACUACAGUGGAAGACCUGCACGUCUCUGUGAACAUCGUGCCUCGGCUCAUUCCCAUCCACACCUUCAACUUCACAGUGAGAGAAGGCCUCGGCAGGGCAAUUAACGCAGAGAUUGUCAACAUCUCACAUCCCUUUUACACCUCGGCAAACAUCACAUUUGAUGUGGAGGAGCCACCGCAGCACGGGGAGAUCGGGAACCUCGCUGGAGAAGAAGUGAAUACCUUCACAUGGGAAGAGCUGAAACUCGGACGCGUCUACUACACGCACGACAGCACGGAGAGCACGGAGGACAGCUUCACCCUCACUGCCUCGGCCUAUGACAUCGGGCGCCGCAGCCUCCCCGUCGUCGUCGCGGUGACAGUCAUACCCGUCAACGACGAGCCGCCAAACCUGGCGCGGAACACGGGACUGGAGGUUCUGGUCGGGGAGGAGGCGGACAUCACCUCCGGCAUGCUGAGCACUGAGGACGGCGACACUCCCCCCGAGGAGCUGGUGUACCACGUGGAGGGGCCCGCCGGCGGCAUGCUGGCGCUGAAAGAGGCGCCCGAUGAGGGCGUCCUGAAUUUCACCCAGGCUCACAUAAACAGAGGGGAGGUCAUCUUCAUCCACCAGGGUGACGAGUCCGGAGGCUUCGGCUUCACGGUGACGGACGGCGAGCACACGUCUCCCCUCUACCGAUUCGUCGUCACGGCCAGGCCUCUCACCAUCACCAUGGUGACGCAGGAGGAGCUGAUGGUGUUUCCAGGAACCAGGCAGUCUAUUACCAGCGCCAAUUUGGGAGCUGUGACCAAUGAGGAUGGUAAUGAGAUAAACUACGCCAUUAUCCGCCUUCCUCGUUUGGGAAGGCUGAUCCUGGCCAAUGACAGGAACCAGUAUGAGGAAAUUACCCGCUUCUCACAAACGCAGCUGGAGUCUGGAUCGGUCUACUACGAGCACCAGAUACCCGAGGAGCCUUUUUGGCUGGUGAGGGACUCCGUGGAGCUCACGCUUCUGUCCCAGCCGGCCGUCGACGUCCAUCACAUCCUCCCCAUCACCAUCUCUUACAACGCUCCUCACAGCAACAUCUCGUCGCAGCUGUGGAAGAACGAAGGUUUGGACAUUGUGCAGGGCCAGAGGAAAGUCAUCGAUGAUUCGAUGCUUGAUGCCUCCAACCUCCUGGCCCACCUACCCGAAGACCAUCGAGAAGAAGUGGCCGUGGUCUUCCACGUGGAGCGUUUCCCCGACCACGGUCGCAUCACCCUGGGAGGCCGGGACCUGCCUCGCGACGCCCCGUCCUUCAUGCAAGAAGAUGUCACCCGGGGAAAGCUGGAGUACCUCCACGACGGCUCGGGUUUCACCCGCGACGCCUUCUCCUUCCAAGCCCGCAUGAGGUCAGGGGGCGAGGCCUCCGCCGCCGGAGCGCCGAUGCUGGAGGAGGCGUUCGAAAUCACCAUCAAACGCCGCGGCUCCCACUCCCCAGAACUGGUCACCGUGGACACGCUGCUGGAGGUUCUCCAAGGCUCCACGACCCUCCUGACCCGGGAGCACCUCAGCGCCCGGGACGAGGACAGUCCGCCGGACGAGGUGCGCUUCAAAGUGACCCGGGACCCGACCAACGGGCGGCUGCUCGACAUGCGCACCAUGCGCCCCGUCUCCGAGUUCACGCAGGAGAUGGUCAACCGCGGCCAGGUGGGCUUCUCCAGCGACGGCAGCCUCGCCGCCGGCUCCGUGGAGUUCGUGGUGUCGGACGGCGAGCACCAGACGGAGCCGCACGCGCUCCACGUGGGCGUCCUCGCUCGCACCCUGUUCCUCGACAAAGCCCCCGAGAUCCAGGUGACGCAGGGCGACGACGAGACCCUGGUGACCGAGGAGAUGCUGAAGGCCACAACGGGGGGCCCCGUGGAGGAGGACAUCCUCUACAAGAUCACCAACGCGCCCAAGUACGCGGCCGUCAUGGUGGACCGGCAGCCCACGUCGGCCUUCACCCAGAAGCAGAUCAGAGAGGGCCGAGUCAGCGUCCGCUUCGUCAAGUCGACCUCGCCCCGCGACAGCGUCUCCUUCGUGGCGCGCAGCAAGGCCGCCAACGUGUCCUCCGUCCUCAACAUCACCGUCCAGCCUCUGGCCGCCAUCGCCCGGGAUCCGCUCCUGCCCCGGGGGGCCCUCGUCCGGCUGGACAGGAGGCUCCUGGAUGCGACCGCCCUGGCGAACAAGACCGGAGCGCCGCCCACGUUCGCCGUCAUCCGGCAGCCCCGCGGGGCCCGCUUCGUGCGGUCCGAGGGCCCCGGCGCGGGUCAGCCGGUGGACGCGUUCAGCCAGAGGGACCUGGAUGAGGGGCGGAUAGCCAUGGAGGUCCUGGGUAGCGGCGGUGCCGGUCGGGACGAGGCCCGCUUCCUGCUCAAGGCCCACGGAGUCCCCCCGGCAGAGUGCGUGCUUUCCUUCCGGACCGGGCCCUACAACGCUUCCGGGGUCUACCCCGUCACUCUGCUGAGGGUUCCCUCGGAGGCCCCGAGCAACAACCUCCCCGGCGCCGGGUCCCCUCGUUCCACCUCGGCCGCCCCCCCCCGGCGGGGGGACGUCAACGAGCGGGCCCGCGGCGACGCUCCCACCACGGCGCCGCCCGGCUCCGUCCCCGACGGGGAGCCGCACGUAUACAGGCGCAGCAACAUCUGGUCCAUCCUCAUCCCGAUCCUGGUGAUCCUCCUCCUCCUGCUGCUGGCGGCCUUCUUGGCCUACUACCUGAUCCGCAAGAACAAGACGGGCAAGCACGACGUCCAGACCGCGGCGUGCAAGCCCAAGAACGGCGAGGUGGCCAGCGCAGAGACCUUCCGCAAGACCGACCCGGCCAACAGCAUCGCCAUGUCCAACAUGGCCGCCAAGGACGCGGACCCGGAGCUGCUGCAGCACUGUCGGACAACGGACCCGGCCUCGAAAAAGAACCAGUACUGGGUGUGAGGCGAGACCCACGGGGGGAGGGGGGGAGUGAGACUCGAAUCGUUCCUUUCAGUAUUAAAGACCUCUUUGCCGCAUCAGUUCAAAUGACAAAAAAAAAAAAAAAAAAAGAUCUUUUGACGCCAUUUUGUUUUCUUCUUUUCUCAACGUGACUGUGGACAAACUCUCAGGCGACGAAACACUGAACACUUAUUGGCAAAGAAGGAGGCCCCUCCUCCCCCAAGGAGGCUCAGGCCAUGUCUAUUUAUUGUAGUUUGAAUCAUUCCUCUCUCGUCGAAAGGGCACAAACGAACCAAGGCAUCGUGGGUGUGUCAUUGCAUUCCGUAUGAAAUCACAGGUAAAUAUUAUUCACAUCAGUGGUUAAGUGACGUAAAGUGUUUGGGUUUUAGUUUUUGAUUCAUCAGAAAAGUUGAUCAUAAAAGUUGAUUGUACAUAGACGAUGAGCUAAAUGUACGCUGUGUUAUUGAGGAGUUUGAAAAACUGCCUUUUUUUUGGUGUUUUUUUUAUUUUAUUUUUCAAAAUUGUACCAUGUUUCUCAGGGCUAAAUUCAGUUUCAAGGAAAAGGUACAUUUUGUGAAAUACAUCAUUUCACUUUUUGGGAGAUCUGUUGCACACAAAGCUACGGCGAGGACGUCACUCUCACUAUGAGGGAAACGUCGAUUACGGUUCCACCCAAUGGUAGAAAACAUGUGCUUUCAAACUAAGUUGUUUUCAUACCAUAACGGAAGUUUAUUUUGAAAGGACGGAGUGCGCAUUAAUGAGAGGGCAGGUUGUCGCAAACUGGCCCUGGAGGGUUUGACAGAAUUAAUGCCAACAGCUGUUCCAAAUGAAAACAGGUUUGAUGGGAAUUUAGCUCUCGAUUUGAGUUUUUGUCAUCGCCCGUCGCAUGGCGUCAUUUCUGCUUCCAGGGCGCUCGUAGAUUCCCCCGCUUUGGGAGGAGGUUGUUUUUCGGUGGCGUUUGGUCCGUAUUGGGCCGAAAAAGACAAGGACGAGGUCAUCUCAAACUGGGAGGAUUCCAGGAUUCCAAGUCUGCAAUGAAGCAUUUAUAAACAGCUGGCUUGGGAUGAGGAUGAGGAUGAGGAUGAUGAGCUCUCAGUCCUCGGUCCUCAACUGGUGAUGAAAACAAAUGAAGAUAUUUACAGUGUCUUUCUAAAUCUUCACAGCUAUUUCUUUUUUUUUUAUUUUUAAGCAUCCCAUAAGCUACGUAUACACACUUUCAUAUAUUGAAAUUGUAGGAUUUAUUUUACUCUUUAGACUUCUUUUGUAUGUUGAAGCCAUGAGGCGACAUCGGCGUACUUUUGUCUCCCCUUUUGAGCGUCUUUACCGUCACUCUGAUGGCUGAAUGUUUUGAACAAAGUGCUUGAGCUCAACGCACAAAAUCAGAUGAGAGAGAGGGAAAAAAAGCAGGUGUUUGCUGUACAUUUCUUUUUUUCCUGUAUGCCGAUGACACCUUACCGUCUGUUAGUCACGUACUGAAUAUACAGUAGUUCCUUUGCAGUAAUCAUAGUCCUUUAAAUUUAUAUAUAUUUUUUGUAGUAAAAGGAGGAGAUUUUAACAGACAGCACAGAGCUCAGGAAGUGAUGUGUUCCCAGUGACUCCAGUGCCGGCUGACAUAAAAGCACUGGUUUCUUCUUCAGGAUUUCACAUCGUCAUCAGUUCUACGUGUAAAUAUUUCUUUUUUUUUUCAAAUAACAUCUCGAAAUACACACCAUCUUUUGGACAUGUAACCACGUUGAAUGAGAGCAAUCAAGUGCAACGUAUUUCUUUGUCUAUGUUUGUGUGUCUCUGUUUGUGUGUCUCUUUGUGUGCGUGUUUGUGCAGCUGCCGUCACUCUUCUCCUUUCCAGUUCAUGGCGGGGGGUUUCAUCACCACCUCAUCAUUUCUCCUUAUUUAUUAUUUCUGUCACUCCCCAUAUUCAAGUCACGUGCUUUGUUGAGCUCAAAACUGUAAUCUGUAAACUGCAGGUGCCUUUUUUUUUUUUUUUUAAACGAUGAUAAUACCAAGCGAUGUUUAGAUUACGGAACAAGAGAAAUGUCUUUGCUGCAAAAUGCCUCUGAGCUUUAAUCUCGGCACUAAUGGAAAUAAAAACGUUCUCGCAUCAAA